CGCCGCGCCACGCGUCACGACGCACCUCUGACAUGUGACCGAACAGUAUGGAAGAUUGUGACAUAUCCAAAUACCGCGAAAUGAUCAUCGAAGGCGAUCUUCCCUUAGACCUGCGACCACCGCCUCGCUUGUACCUGCCACAUUAUCUCCGUGACGAUAGAGAAGAAUAUCCACAAGACGAUACCUACGUUUCCGUCGACGAAGACACACCAGACAUCCCGCCGCCGUCGAUCGAUUCAGACAGAUACGAAGCCCCAAGUCCAAGCGACAAGAAACCCUCAUCACCCAAGAAACCGAAGCAGAAGUCAUCAUCACAACUUAUCAAACCGCCUUAUUCUUAUAUCGCUCUCAUCACAAUGGCCAUCCUCCAGUCACCACAUAAGAAAUUAACCCUCAGUGGCAUCUGUGAAUUCAUCAUGACCCGGUUUCCUUAUUACCGUGAAAAGUUCCCGGCGUGGCAGAAUUCCAUCAGGCAUAAUUUGAGCCUCAACGACUGCUUCAUCAAAAUCCCGAGAGAGCCAGGUAAUCCCGGCAAAGGAAAUUAUUGGACGUUAGAUCCUUUGGCGGAGGAUAUGUUUGAUAAUGGAAGUUUUCUGAGGCGACGGAAAAGAUAUAAGCGGCCGACGCCUUCUUUGCAGCAUGCACAUGCCGUGGUCGCAAUGCUGGCUCGAGAAGCUUACGCUCCGUUGCUUCCGUUGCCUUGUUAUUUGCCUCCUACUCCGUUACUAUCUUUGCCGCGUCCACCGCCUGCUACGUUAAGGCCAGUACCUUUACCUCCGCGUAUAGCCGAAAUGACUGACCCUCGAGGGAAGCGAUCGCGGAAUGGAUUUUCCAUUGAAUCAAUAAUUGGAUUACAAGACAGUUCCUCAGCAGAGCCGAGGAAAAGUGCGUUUUCGCCUUUGCAUCAGACUAAUGGUCCUCCAGACGAUUGGGCUAGAUGAAUGUACCUAAACGGGGGUGUGUCUACUCUCGAUUCCUUCUGAGAUUCCUUUCGAAUCAUCCCGACGGGGACUGGCGUCCUGAAACAAACGACUGAUGUGAUCUUAUAAGAAGUGUUGACGAACAGUUGCAGUCUGGGUGUAAAUUAGUUAAACGGGUAUCGAAUGAAA